AUGAUUGAUUGGAUUGAUGUACAUCCAGAAAUGAGUCGUCGUUCACAAACUCUUGUAAAUCAUAAUAGAACAUUUGAUUUACGAGAAAUGGCUUAUGCUACCGAAGAAUUAUGGUUUACUGAGCAUGAUUCAGGUGGAUUUCUUGAAUAUGAGAAUCCUGAAGCUUAUGAAAAGUUUGAUCUGAUUAAUCAUGUUGCUAAUUGUUCACAACCAAUGCUUGUUGUUGAAGGUGGACGAGAUUAUCGUGUUCCAGAUGCACAAAGCAUUCGGGCAUUUUCAGCUUUACAACGUUGA